AAACAGUUGAUAUACAACUAUAGUUGAAUUGUGAUUGAUAAACGUAUAAUAGAUAAUAUAAUUUUAAUAUAUAGGUUAAUGAUAUAAACGGAAUCACUUGUACAGGUUGGAUUUGGAGAUCGGAUGUAACGCGGUAUAAAACGCGAGUGAUUUGUUGUCAGUAGGAAUUAACUGUGUGUAUGGCUAUUACCGGGAAAAUAAAUAUUUUUUGAAGAAUGGAGUCUCCGCCUGACCUGGAAACAGUUUACCAGGCUGUAUAUUCUUUAUAUAAUAAUUCAAAUCCUUCGGGGCCAGGAAAAAUAUCUCAAUGGUUGGACGAAUUACAAAAAUCAGUAUUUGCAUGGAAAAUAGCAGAUGAAAUGUUGCAACAAAAACGAGAUUUUCAAUCUUGUUAUUUUGCUGCACAAACAAUGCGUACCAAAAUACAAUUAUGUUUCCAAGAAUUACCUCCAGAAGCUCAUACUUCUUUGAGAGAUUCUUUAAUGAAUCACAUAUCACAAAUUAAUGAACAUACCAACUCUGCUAUUGUUACACAGUUGUGUUUAGCAUUAGCAGAUCUUGCAUUACAAAUGUGUACAUGGGAAAAACCAGUUGUGGAUUUAAUUAAUAGAUUUGGCGGAUCAACUGCUAGUUUAUGGCCAUUACUUGAAGUAAUGACAGUAUUACCAGAAGAAGUGAAUUCAAGAUCUCUUAGAUUAGGAGCUAAUCGCAGACAACAUAUAUUGCUUGAACUUAAUGCAAGUGCAGAUACAGUGACAGAAUUUUUGAAAAUGUGUUUAAAAAAUGGCGGAGAGAAUGUACAAAUCCGUGUUACAAUUCUUAGAUGUUUUACAAGUUGGAUUGCAGUACAUGCUAUACCUCUUGUACCUACAAGUGAUGUUAUUGUAUAUACUCUUCAGAUACUUGGAAAUCAUAUGACUGGAUCUCAAUUACACGAAGCAGCUGCAGAUUGUAUAUGUGUAAUUCUGCAAAUUUUGGAAGAAGACAGUAAUAGUAAUCAGGAUAAUAAUAGCGAAUCUAAUAUACAACUACAACAGUUACAAUUAUUUCUUUUUACUAGCGUAAUGACUUUAGAACAACCAUAUCAUUUAUCUGUUGCACAUGAAGAUAUGGACAAGUCGAUAAACUAUUGUCGAAUUUUUACGGAAUUAGCUGAAACCUUUCUAGAAACCAUAGUAAAUGGUUGUGCAGGAGGAAAACAACAUUAUGCUAUUAAAAUUCUUGAUCUUGUCUUAGUAUGUGUUGGACAUCAUGAUUAUGAAGUAGCACAAAUAACUUUCAAUUUGUGGUAUCGUUUAUCUGAAAUUCUCUAUCAAAAAAAUAGUGAUGAUCUUAAUGCAGUAUUUCGACCUCAUAUUGAAAGAUUAAUUGGAGCACUAUGUAGGCAUUGUCAAAUGGAACCAGAUCAUUUAGGUCUAGUAGAAGAGGGAGCUGGUGGAGAAGAAUUUGCAGAUUUUAGAAAUCGUGUUUCAGAUUUAAUAAAGGAUGUUGUAUUUGUAGUUGGAAGUAGUCAUUGUUUUCGACAAAUGUUUUCAUCUUUGACAGGUGGUCCAGGACCACAAGGUCAGCCUAAUCAUGUACCUACAUGGGAUUCAACUGAAGCAGCUCUAUUUGUGAUGCAAGCAGUGGCAAAAAAUAUUUUACCAAAAGAAAAUGACGUAGUGCCGAAAGUAGUAGAGGCCAUUUUAAAUUUACCAGAAAAUACUCAUAUAGCUGUUCGUCAUACAAGCAUUCUAUUAUUGGGAGAACUUUGUGAAUGGAUAGACAAUCAUCGUCAAUCUCUAGAACCUGUUUUGAAUUUUCUUUUGACCUGCUUAAAUCAAAAAGGUUUAGGAAGUGCAGCUUGUGGUGCAUUGUUAAGUAUAUGUACUGCUUGCCCAUCACAUAUGGCUUCACAUUUUCCAGGAUUAUUACAAAUAGCACGUUCUCUUGAUAAUUUUGCUAUCAGUAAUGAUGCUGCUAUUGGUUUGCUUAAGGGAGUAGCAAUAAUUAUGUCAAGCUUACCACGUGAAAAACUUACACAAGCUAUGAAAGAAUUAUGUUGGUUUCAAGCAAGACCAUUGUGUGAGAUUAUGGAACGUAGAAUUCCCAUCGAAGUAGGAACUAAGACUGAUCCUGUGAUAUGGCUAGACAGAUUAGCUGCUAUAUUUAGGCAUACUGAUCCUCCAAUUGAAGAUAGUUUUGAACCUCAUCCUUGUCAAAGUGCUGUUACUGAAAUGUGGCCCAUAUUAUCAAAUGUAUGCACAACAUAUCAACAUGAUGCAAAAUUAAUGGAAAGAUGUUGUCGUUGUCUAAGAUUUGCUGUUCGUUGUGUAAGAAAACAUUCCGCCCAUCUUCUUGAACCGCUUGUAAAACAGAUUGUGCAAUUAUACGCAGCUCAUCAACAUAGUUGUUUUUUAUAUCUCGGUUCAAUAUUAGUUGACGAAUACGCUACAGAUUCAGAAUGUGUCUCUGGUUUGUUAAAAAUGUUAGAGGCAUUUAUUGGACCUACUUUUAAUAUUCUUCAACAACAAGAUGGAUUAAAAAAUCAUCCUGACACUGUAGAUGAUCUUUUCAGAUUAUGUGCUAGGUUUCUUCAAAGAGCUCCAAUACCUUUUUUGUGCUCUGUUGUCAUAGAAAGCAUAAUUGACUGUGCCUUAAUGGCCUGUAGCUUAGACCAUAGAGACGCAAAUGUAUCAGUAAUGAAAUUUUUUUAUGAUUUGUUACAUUGUGGUCGAAAUUAUGAGAAUCGAACGGAUUAUACAAUACGGCGGGAAUUAGUACAACGCGUAUUAAAAGAAAAAGGACAGACAUUAGUCAUAAGGUUACUUCAUGCAUCUGUAUUCUCACUAUCGUCCUACAUGUUAUCUGAUGUGGCAGAUGUUUUUGUUGAACUUUCUUUAACUAAUAGACAACUAUUAUCUAAAUGGUUAGAAGAAGCCAUUAAAACCAUGCCAUCACAAAAUGCAGGUGGUUCUCCUACAGCACAACCUGAACAAUUGUUUGAAUUUCACAAUACGGUUACAAGGGCAGAAACAGCAAAAUCUAUAAAUCAUGCUUUACGCAAUUUUGCGCGUUUGUAUCGUUGAUGCAUUUUAAAAUUUUAAGAUCAAAAAUAUCAAAAUUAUAAACAGCAAAAAUCUUCUAGGAUCCUUCAUAUAAUUAUUAUAUUUGAAGGUAUUAAAGAAAAAAGAUUACUGUGAAAUGGUAAGUCUAUGCUGUAUAAAUAUAUUAGCAAAAGUUUUAAAUUUUGUAUUUGUUUACUAUCUACACAUUCCUUUACAAAGUAUGUAAAACAAAUAACAUAAACCAAUCAUCUUAUAAGAUAUAAUUUUACAUACAAACUUUGUGUUCUAUAAAUUUUUUUUAUAAUAACUAAUAUAUACAUUUUUGCCAUAUGAAAAACUAAAUAUAGAACUUUAUACACUGCUUGCUUUUCAAUUAUUUAUGUUAUUAUUAGUAUAGUUAGAUUGUAUUUGUUCCGUGUAAUUUUUGAAUAUAUAAUAUGAAGAAGAAUAUCCGGAUUACCUAUUAGGUAUGUAUCUAGUCAACUAUUUCAAAUAACAUUGUGCAUACUUUGUAGAUGAAGUGUAGAUAGUAAACAUUAAAAAAUCAGAGUGAUUAUAUAUUUUUGUGCUUUCCAUCUUAUUUACACGGACAAUUUUACAAUGGAAUAUUAUUAAAUUAUAUAACAAAGGAAUAUGUGGUAUUCGAUUUAUCAUUAAAAUGCACUAGGUUGUACAAUAUUAUCUUAAAGUUACGUUUUUAAAGCUUAAGUUUAAAGCUUAAAGCUUUAACAGAUUUAUUAAGUAUCACUUUCAAUAACAAUUUUUUUUGUUAUUUUAUAUGGUUAUAAUAAUAUGGAGAGCAAACAACAUACUUUGCAAACAGAUUUUUGAUAAACAUUUCUAAAUGAAAUGUAAAAAAAUUAUUUGUGCAUACAUAUUACAUGAAAAAUAUGUAUGAAUUUUACGUGAUAAAAUAGGAUUUAUUGACAUUUCUGUAUCUUUUUCACAUGUUUCGCAAAAUAUAUAAUUUUAUAUACAUGUAGAACAUAUUUAAUGAGGCGUGUUAUAUGAUAGUAAUGUUUGGAGACAAAUGUGUCCAACAUUCUCAUUGUAUGAACAGACAUUUGAAAGUAAAGUGUUCAAUAGUUUUAAACAUGUCAAUAUUUUCAUCAAUUUGUGUCUCAAAAUACAAGUCUAAUCGUAUAUUCUGAACCAAAGUAAAGAUGCAAAAAUACAAAUUUAUAUACAUACAAUGAAAAUACAAAAAAAAA